CCCACCGUGACGGCAUAUUGUUGGUAAAUGAGACAUACCAAUCGAUCUUUUGUCUUUCGACAUCAUGCAAAAUGAAUCCGGGAACAUAUGUGACAUGAACAUUGCGUCACUAAAACGAGCAGCGCGAAAUGGUUCAAUACCCGCGAUGAAAGAACUUGCCACCAGGGCAAUGCAAAAAAAUCAUUUGCUAGCUCAGGUUUUCCCCCUUGUCCAACAACGUCUUUCAGACGUACCUACACGGGACGAAGCAUCCACUCAGAUGGCACUCAUUUGCUUUGAUUCUCUAAUUUACGGUCUCGAGAAUGAUCUCAUCGGUAAUUCAGCCGCCCUUCUCCUACCUCUCUGGCACUCUAUUCAUCCAUGGUUAUCCUUCUUCGUCACACAAUACCAUCUGGACCUUACUGAAUCGGCCGUCGACGACCACGAAGCCCUGCUGAAGUCGGCUAAGCUGGUGUAUCUCUUUUCCCGGAUACCAGAGGUGUUGUCAUUGUUGACUUCCGUUCCUCGCUUGGUUGGCUGCAUAUUCAAAAUGUCCCUCAUCGCAGCUUCGGUAGAUUAUGACUCGGACAUCUUUAUAUCUACUUCAAAAACCAUCACCCUGGUCACUGCUGCUGCAGACCAGUUAGACCAGGGCUGGCAGGUCGACGUUUCCCAUGUCUUGACAUCAGAAGCACCCGCCAACCUCGCGCUCUGCAUAGUUCAGCGGCUCAUAGAACUCGUGGAAAAACCCCAAAUUCUCUAUCCCGAUCUCAUCGCCCGCUUAGAAACCAUGCUCAUCUGCUCAGGAAACGAUGGCAAACUACGUCUCCAGUUUUUUUCGAAGAAAUCGGUGGCAUGGGUGACGUUUGUCAUGGGACGAUUGACCCGUACGCGAAACCUUGAACCUAUCAAUUUGCCUCAGGCCCGGCGGGCCAUGUAUCUGUCCGUCAUGUAUCUGAAGAAGAACUUGAGAUGCGGGUUUACGUGGGUUUCGGAUGCCCUAGACAAAGGGAUACUGCAGUCCAUCGUGAAGGCACAGCCGUACCUCGCCUAUGAGCAUCAGUGUCGUACUGAUGCCUUCACAAUGGAGUCCAUGAUCGUGGAAAUCCUAGAUACGAUCAGCCUGCUGGCGAUUUACAGGAGCGUAUUGCACCGCGCUCGUACGUCACUGAGGAGGGCGGAAGCGAUGGAGGAUGUGGAAAAUUUCCGGGGAGUAGUGAGAGACGCCUGGGUGAGGUUGAAAGAUAAGGUGGACUACUUGUGGAAUCUGCGACCGAUUUAUUUUAUGGCUCGCGGUGGGCGGACAAGUUGUAUGAAUGACGACUGCAUCACCAGACGACAGGGGGACACAUCUUCCAGAAUAUACGACAUGCGAUGUUCCGGAUGCCAAUAUGCCUAUUACUGCUCUCACCAAUGCGCUAAGUCGGGAUGGAGAGAUGGACAUCGAGCGCAGUGUCUUGAACUACGUCGGCAAUUUCGAGAAGGACACCCCCGCCUCAUGUCACCCAACGAGGAUGAGUGGUUCAUCGUCGUUGGCCAGAGUGAGGUUUAUCGUACAUUGGACGGAAAAGAGACUGUCGAUGCUCUGCGGAGUGCCUACCAUGACGCUCAUCCUUCGGUGCCAAACCACUCUGUGUUGACAUUCAUCGACUACACUGUUCUUCCCGGGCCGAAGAUCGAGGUCAUGAGUUUGCAAGACUUUGUGAGCACUCGAGAUAUGGGCUACUACCACUGGGAGAGGUAUCGAGAUUUGGCAAUUGAAAGGAACGGGUUCUUGUUGGGAAUUACAAUACCGGAUCGGGAUUUGCAUCCAUAUAAUUGCCUCGCUUUGUCUCGGGAGCAUUGAUUUAUUAGUUGUAUGUGUGAUGCCGGACGCCUCUUUGUAUCCACUAGUACGCAGCUGCCGUUGUAUUUGUACUCAUACGUCUACCUGACAUGCAUUCAAUCUUGUAGUAGCUAUUUUACAGAACAUGAUUGAAUUUUUG